UAUGCAACCACUCUCAACUCAGUGACAUUUUGGAAAUGGUGUAGGACUAACUGACCAAAUUCAUACAGUAGGCUUUGUUAUGACGAUGUUAUGAAUAACAUUCAGACAGGUCAUAGAUAUUAUUAUCUAAAAUAAACAAAAACGAGUUGUUUCACAAAUGUACAGAGUUCCGCAGAUGUCUUGUUGCCUACUCAGGAAAGACGCGUCAUUGCCAUCUUUCCCACCUUCCUUAGAUGUUGUUCUUAAUUCAGGGGGGCAGGAUCCAAAAGCGGUAGAUCGAUAUUGAAAAUGGAAGGAACAGCGACGCGCACUGUGAUAACGUCUACAAGCAGCAGCACGGAAAACUUUUCCAACCCUACUCUGGUUUACGACAGGCAGUUUCUUCGCACUGCUUCGGGGCUCCUCGUUUUCGCAGAAAUAGUGUUUGGUCUGCUGGUAUGGAUGCUGAUAGCAGGGACGGAGUACUUCCGUGUGUCUGCCUUUGGGUGGGUCAUGUUUGUGGCCAUCUUGUACUGGGUCCUGACGGUCAUCUUCCUCAUCAUCUACCUGACCAUGGCUUACAACAGGAUCCCUCAGGUCCCCUGGACAACUGUGGGUCUGUUCUUCAACAGUAGUGCUACAGUGAUGUAUGUGGUGUUAGCAGCAGUGGACGCAGCCUCAAUCAGCCAUGCUGUUAAGGGACGCCAUAACUACAACUGCUGGGUAGCAUCCACAUUCUUUGCCUUCCUGGUCACGCUCUGCUAUGCAGGAAGUACAUAUUUAAGUUUUAAAUUCUGGCGCUCGAGGGAUGAGGAACAAUAACCAAUCACAAAGGACAGCUAAAGUAUAUCCGUUAUGGAGCGCAUGAAGGAUCUUGAAAAGUACACACGGUUAAGUGUAAUAACCACUCCUUUUGGAAUGCAUUUCUAUAUUUAAUUUCUGUUAUAUUUCUGUUAUUUUGGAGUCAUGGUGUGUUUCAUCUGUUGGAAUGACAGACCCUGAACCUCAGUGGUGUUUUUACUUCUUAUUCACUCAUGAGUUAAAAAAAAAAAAUUGAAUGAAAAUGACUGAUGCUAAUAAAGUGGCUAUUCUAUUUUUCUGAAGCUGGAGAUUAAAGCUUUAACUCCAAUAUUAAAAUGGUUUGGACAGUAAUGUUGUCCCACACUAGAUGGUGGUACAAUACAAGGCUAAGAAACAGGGCUGAUGAAGAACAUUACAGUCAAUUCUCUUUUUGAUUGUUCCAAAAAAAGUAUCAUAUACGAAUAAUACAUUUCACUAAUAGGAGUCAGCUACACUGAACAAAAAUUGAAAUGCAACAUGCAACUAUUUAAAAGAUUUUACUGAGUUAUGGUUCAUAUAAGGAUAUCAGUCAAUUGAAAUAAAUUCAUUAGGCCCUAAUCUAUGGAUUUCACAUAACUGGAAAUACAGAUAUGCAUCUGUUGGUCACAGAUACCUUAAAAAAAGUAGGGACGUGGCUCAGAAAACCAGUCAGUAUCUGGUGUGACCACCAUUUGCCUCAUGCAGCGCAUCACAUCUCCUUUGCAUAAAGUUGAUCAGCCUGUU